AUGGCUGAAAAUGAUGACAACUCUGUUCACUUUUAUGCUUGUGGUGUUGGGAUCCAUCCUUAUGAUGAUGCAAAACUUCGUCACAACUUUAAAAGAACAGUCAAAGGACUUCCGAGCCACCCUGUAUUUUUCGCCAGUUCUGUUUUUCAUGCUGUUCAUGGGCCCCUGAGGAACAAGGCAAAGAGGAUGUUAAACAGAAUAGAUUUUGCCCCUCCGCGCUUCUCAGUGUACGGGAUGUGGCAUGUAGACGGACUUUUUAUGAUGCAAUUCCUAAACGUGGUGUCUACAGUGUUCGUCACUCUGUUACAGUUUGCUUUACUCUAAAUGUUUAGA